CGCAAGCGCGUUGUGUGGAAGCAGUAGAUUGGUGGCUGUUGCGGUCAGGCUAUCUGUCGAGUGGCGUGAAAGACCCCUACGAAUUAUAAGAAACGAAUAAUGGCAGAAGGACGAAAUCCUGAUGAUUUGGCAACUGCAAUUCUGCGUAAGAAGGAUCGUCCUAAUAGACUUCUUGUUGAAGAGGCAGUUAAUGAUGAUAACUCAGUUGUUGCAUUGUCACAGCACAAGAUGGAUGAGCUGCAGCUGUUCCGAGGUGACACUGUGUUGCUCAAAGGCAAACGAAGGAAAGAGACUGUUUGUAUUGUGCUGUCAGAUGAUACUUGCCCUGAUGAGAAGAUUCGAAUGAAUCGAGUUGUAAGAAAUAACUUGCGUGUCCGUCUGUCUGAUGUUGUGUCUGUGCAGCCGUGCCCAGAUGUUAAGUAUGGCAAGAGGAUUCAUGUGUUGCCCAUUGAUGAUACUGUGGAGGGGCUGACAGGGAACCUGUUUGAAGUGUAUCUGAAGCCAUACUUCCUUGAAGCUUAUCGUCCUAUUCACAAGGACGAUGCCUUCAUUGUUCGCGGUGGAAUGCGUGCAGUUGAGUUUAAGGUUGUGGAGACAGAUCCUUCUCCAUAUUGCAUUGUAGCUCCAGACACAGUCAUCCAUUGUGAAGGGGAUCCAAUCAAGAGAGAGGAAGAAGAAGAGGCUCUGAAUGCAGUUGGGUAUGACGAUAUAGGGGGUUGCCGAAAGCAACUUGCCCAAAUAAAGGAGAUGGUGGAACUGCCUCUGCGACACCCAAGUUUGUUCAAGGCCAUUGGGGUCAAGCCACCACGUGGCAUCUUGUUGUAUGGCCCUCCUGGCACAGGGAAGACGCUGAUUGCUCGUGCUGUAGCCAACGAAACUGGAGCAUUCUUCUUCCUUAUAAAUGGACCAGAAAUUAUGAGCAAGCUAGCUGGAGAAUCUGAAAGUAACUUACGCAAAGCAUUUGAGGAGGCUGAUAAAAAUGCUCCGGCGAUUAUCUUCAUCGAUGAACUGGAUGCUAUUGCUCCAAAACGUGAAAAGACUCAUGGUGAAGUGGAGCGACGCAUCGUCUCACAGCUUCUUACACUCAUGGAUGGCCUCAAGCAGAGUUCCCAUGUCAUAGUAAUGGCAGCAACAAACAGACCCAAUUCAAUUGAUGGUGCACUCCGGCGUUUUGGACGCUUUGAUCGUGAAAUUGACAUUGGUAUCCCUGAUGCAACUGGAAGGCUGGAAAUUCUGCAGAUUCACACGAAGAACAUGAAACUGGCUGAUGAUGUAGAUCUUGAACAGAUUGCAGCUGAGACUCAUGGCCAUGUUGGUGCUGACUUGGCUUCCCUGUGUUCUGAGUCUGCUCUGCAGCAGAUCAGAGAGAAAAUGGAUCUGAUUGAUUUGGAGGAUGAUCAGAUAGAUGCAGAGGUGCUCAGUUCUUUGGCUGUGACAAUGGAGAACUUUAGGUAUGCAAUGAGCAAGAGCAGCCCAAGUGCUCUGCGGGAGACAGUCGUAGAGGUGCCUAAUGUUACCUGGGAGGACAUCGGAGGUCUCGAGAAUGUGAAGCGGGAGUUGCAGGAACUCGUGCAGUAUCCAGUGGAGCACCCAGACAAGUUCCACAAGUUUGGCAUGCAGCCGUCACGAGGUGUUCUGUUCUAUGGGCCACCUGGUUGUGGUAAGACUCUUCUAGCCAAGGCCAUAGCCAAUGAGUGUCAAGCAAAUUUCAUCUCAGUGAAAGGACCAGAAUUGCUCACAAUGUGGUUUGGAGAGUCUGAAGCCAAUGUUCGAGAUGUGUUUGAUAAGGCUCGUGCUGCUGCCCCUUGUGUAUUGUUUUUCGAUGAGCUGGAUUCCAUUGCUAAAUCUCGUGGUGGAAAUGUUGGAGAUGCCGGUGGGGCUGCAGACAGAGUAAUUAACCAGAUUCUAACUGAAAUGGAUGGCAUGGGUGCCAAAAAGAAUGUUUUCAUCAUUGGAGCCACCAAUCGGCCAGACAUUAUUGAUCCGGCAAUUCUACGUCCUGGUCGACUAGACCAGCUUAUCUACAUUCCGUUACCAGAUGAGAAAUCAAGGGAAGCCAUCUUCAAGGCAAAUCUGAGGAAGUCUCCAAUAGCAAAGGAUGUUGACCUGGGAUAUAUUGCAAAGGUAACUCAUGGUUACUCUGGGGCUGACCUCACAGAGAUUUGUCAGCGUGCAUGUAAGUUGGCCAUCCGUCAGAGCAUUGAAGCUGAGAUCAGACGUGAGAGGGAACGGGCUAAUAAUCAAAACCUCGCCAUGGAUAUGGAUGAAGAUGAUCCAGUUCCAGAGAUAACACGAGCUCAUUUUGAGGAAGCCAUGAGAUUUGCUCGUAGGUCUGUAUCAGACAAUGACAUCCGCAAAUAUGAGAUGUUUGCCCAGACCCUACAACAGUCACGGGGUUUUGGAACUAAUUUCAGAUUCCCAAAUGCAAACCCAGGAAACAGUUCCCAGCCAGCUGGAGGAGAUCAGGGAAAUUUCCAAGAUGAUGGAGAUGAUGAUCUCUAUAGUUAAAUCCUGGCAUUCUGUCAGUCAUGAAUAAGUGAGUUUCAGUUCGACGCCACCGAUCAUGAUGUAUUGAACUGAGCCGCAGCUCUCAACCAAACAGAUGUAUUAGCUUGAAGACUUGUGAUACAGAAUGAAUUGGGCACUCGUAUUCAGGAUAUGGCUUCAUUGUGUGCAUGAGGUUGUCUGCUAGUGUGUGUAUGUGUGUAAGAGUGUUAGAAUAUUUGUGCCUCUUAUUAUUAACCACAAGGAAGUACUCAUGUUGUUCCUCUCAUAGUAUAAGAGGUAUCUUGGUUUUCAAGUUAUGUUAGCAGCAUCAUUUUUGGUAUGUUUCCUUUGUUUUGAAUUAUGCGAUGUAACCUGAUUCUGCAUGUUAUUUCUUCAUGCUGGAUUAUCGGUUGGUCUUGAAAUGAAGAGAUUCCUGUAAGGCACCUCAUUCGAAAUAAAUUUACACAAAAUACAGCAAGUUAUUUUUCUGAUGUGAUUGUGAUUUAAUCCAUAUCUUUAUGUUUCAAGUGUAAAUUACAAAAUAGUUCCAAAUGAAAGAUGUACUUUGAAAAGAAAAUGUGUAAGUGUGUGUGUUUAAGCAAUCUAAUGGUGGUUAAGUAGUACAGAAUAUUUUAAAUACAUUUAACUUAUUUUUAACGUCA